UUCAUAUUUUAUUAGCACUAAAUCAUGCUCUGGAAAUCUACCUUGGGUGAGGAAGAGGUAGAGCUUUUAACAGGACUGUGAUGUUUGACAUGAGGGGAAGAGAGAAGGUAAUCUGAAGGAUUAAAGUACAGUCUGCACUCAAGGUGCUGCAGAGUAAGCCAUGCGUUUAGUGGGGCUAUGCUCCUUAACCUACCAUAAACUGCUCUUAUCUGAUAAAGUAGAAGUAUAAAAGGAAUGGUGCUGCAGCUGGGUGAGCAAAUGGAAGCAGUGCAUCAUCAUGAAUGUGACUACAAGUUUAAAAGUGCGCCUGCCGGCACUCGUGCUAGUGUUGGAGGUUGUCAUGAUAGUUCUUUAUGCUGUUUUUGUCACUUAUGAUGACAAUGCCAAUGCUAAGCUGCAAAACAAUAAGACCAACCCGAUGGAGAACUCCAUGUAUGGAGACUAUCCCUUCUUUGCCGACGUGCAGGUGAUGAUCUUCAUAGGCUUCGGCUGCCUGCUGGCCUUCUUCCGAUUUUACGGUUUCAGUGGAAUGGUCUUCAACUUUCUUACGGCUACAUUUGCGAUCCAGUGGGCAAUCCUGAUGCAAGGUUUCUUCCAGUUUUACUAUGAUGGUAAAAUUCACCUGGGAGUGAUCAACCUUCUGAAUGCAGAGUUUGCCUGUGCUGUGGUGCUCAUCUCUUUCGGAGCUGUGCUUGGGAAGACAAGUCCCGUUCAGCUCCUGGUCAUGGCACUGCUGGAGAUCUCUGUCUUUUCUUUGACAGAGUGGGCUGUGUUGAAAUAUAUUAGAAUCAAUGAUGCAGGUGGCACUAUUCUUAUUCACCUGUUUGCCUGCUACUUUGGUCUAGGGGUGACGUUUGUGCUCUAUCGCCCAAGCCUGAAUGAGGGACAUUCUAAAGAAAUUACUAGCUACCAUUCUGACAUUCUCUCUGUAAUGGGAACCUUGUUCCUCUGGGUGUUUUGGCCUUCAUUUAACUCUGCUCUGACCUUUAAGGGUGACGAUCAACACAGAGCAAUACUUCACACUUUUAUAGGUCUCAGCUCAUCCACUAUCACCGCCUUUGCACUCUCUGUAUUGUUCAAUAAGAGAGGCAAGCUCACAAUGGCUGAUAUUCAGAACGUGACUCUGGCAGGUGGUGUGACAGUUGGAGCGUCUGUGGACAUGAUGAUUUCCCCUGUAGCUGCAUACGCCCUGGGCAUCAUGGGCUGCAUUGCUUGUUUCUUUGGAUACAAGUACCUGACUCCAUUUUUGGCCCGACGCAUGAGGAUCCAAGACCAAUGUGGUAUUCACAACCUCCACGGGCUUACUGGCCUCAUAUCAUCUGCUGCAGGGAUCUGUGCCAUCCUGCUAGCCACUGAAGAAACCUACGGGCCCAGCAUGUACCAGAUAUUUUCCCAUCGUGCUCCACCUGAGGGAGAUCCAAAGCUCCUGGAACUGCAGAGGCUGAUUCCUGGGCUGAAGCCGGGCUUAGGUCGUACUGCGCAGGAACAAGCUCUCUUCCAGGUGGCAGCUGUCUUCUCCACCAUCGCAGCAUCUGCAAUUGGUGGGCUGCUCACUGGUUUGGUCAUGAAGCUGCCUUUCAUGGCAUCCCCAUCUUACCAGGACUGCUUUGAUGAUGAGCUUUUCUUUGACAUGCCCUCUGACUUUGACAGUGUAGAAGUGAUUAAGACCCCUAUAAGCUAUGAUGAAAAGAUACAAAUGAGCUCUAUGACCACCAAAGUCAACACACUGAGGCAGUCAUUAUGAGUCAUUCCAUGUUUAAAUUGUCAUCUCACCUGUUUCAAGUGUUAUGUGUGAUUGAUAAUUAUUCCUGUUGGAGAGAUGACAUACAAUAUAUAUGGUUUUAAACAUUAGCCAUUCACCAAAAGCUAUGGUUUUGUAUGCAAAAUGGCAAAAUGGA